GGAGUCUAUUUAGACGUAGACAGAUGGUUAUGGACUGUCACUGUAGGUGCCUGUUAGGGUGCCAGAUGUCAUUGUGUGCGCGUUAAGCAAUUGUUGUUACACGUCAGCACUCAGCUUAGCCAAGAUUAUCUCCAGCACCGGCCUCAGAAAUGGAUGCAGAGUCUCUAAGGCUGGCAGAACGCUUCCUGCCAUCAACUUACUUAAAGCAGGCACAGGAUGCUGAUAUUUCACGACGGAGCAGAAUACACCAGCUACUAGAAAAGCGAAAGUGUCCAGAUGAAGGUUGGGAUGACCAGAUGAUUGAAGGAUUGCUAGUUGACCUGUCCAAAAUGGACAGCAACAAUUUCCCAGCCAAUUGUGGGGUUGGAGAGCGAGAAUCUCGCAUCUUUUCAGGUCUGGUGGCCCAGCGACAUUAUAGGCUGGGGCAUGGCAUAGGUCGGUCCGGGGACAUUUCUGAGAUCCAGCCCAAAGCUGCAGGUUCAAGCCUCCUCAACAAACUUACUAAUGCUAUGGUUCUUGACCUCAUAAGGAGGAUUGGAAUCCGAGGGACCCAGGCUUGUUUGAUGAUGCCGAUGGCCACAGGGAUGACUGUCAUGAUGACUCUUUUGGCCCUACGAGACUCUCGACCCCAGGCCAAGUAUGUCCUCUGGCCAAGGAUCGAUCAGAAGUCUUGUCUGAAAGCCAUUGUUACUGCAGGUUACCAAGUUGUGGUGAUAGAAAAUCUCAUAGAAGGGCAUGAGCUGAGGACAGAUGUACCUGCCCUGCAGGAGAAGGUGUCCACUCUUGGUCCAGAAAAUGUGGCAGCCAUCCUCACCACCACAAGUUGCUUUGCUCCCAGAGGUGUGGACCGCUUAGAAGAGGUUGCCAAGAUCUGCAAGGAACAUGACAUUCCUCACAUAGUGAAUAAUGCUUAUGGUCUUCAGUCAACAAAGUGUCUUCAUCACAUACAACAAGCUGGGAGAGUUGGGCGUGUAGAUGCAUUCAUCCAGAGUACAGACAAGAACUUCAUGGUUCCAGUGGGAGGAGCUGUUGUAGCUGGGUUUGAUGCUCAGUUUAUAGAACACAUUGGCAAAAUGUAUCCUGGGCGUGCAUCAGUGAGUCCAGUGUUAGACCUAUUCAUUACUUUACUGUCUAUGGGAGUGCAGGGUUACACCUCCCUUAUGACCCAGCGUUCAGAACACAUGGAUUACCUGCGGACAAGACUGAGAGAAGUGGCUGACAGUUUUGAUCUACAGUUGCUCCUAACCCAGAAUAACCCAAUUUCCACAGGGCUGACCAUUCCUAAGGGUGUUGGGACAGAAUUAGGGUCUCAGCUUUUCCUUAGAGGUGUGUCAGGAGUCAGAGUGGUGGUCCCCAACCAAAUCAAAACAAUAGCUGGUGUUACACUUAAAGGUCAGUCUGAAUUAUGUAUUGUUAUGAUCGUAUAAAAUAUGUUUGUAUGUUCUCAGUGACAAUGUAUUUACCUAGUUCUAGUUUUACAGGCCUUGGGCUUUAUGCUCGUGUGGCCCCGUCUCUAUAUCUACAUUUAUCCAAUCGUACUUUAAAAACAUGUACACUCGAUGCAGACACUACUUCUUCAUUCAAACUGUUCCACGUCUC